GGCAGCGCAUGCAGCUGACGGCGGUGGCGAAGAAGGGCAUCGCGAAGGAGCACGCCAAGUGGUCGCCCGUGGCAGUGGCCACCUACAAGUUCGAGCCCGUCAUAGAGAUCAACGAGGAGAAGGAGGCGCUGCUCACGCCGGAGCAGAAGGCGGAGUUCGUUGAGAUUUGCCCGGCGAAGGUGAGUGAAUGA